ACUUAACCUAAAAUUUCUAACCUUAAAGUUUAACCUAACUUUCUUGUACAUACAAAACUCGUUGAAAUGAGCGGUAAAAGUAAGCCCCUGCUUUUUACAGUCUUGUCGGAAUGUAAAACGUCCAGGGCAAGAGUAUCAAGGAUGGAACUACCUCAUGGCCCAGUGGACACGCCAGUUUUCAUGCCUGUUGGCACUCAAGGUACCCUCAAAGGCAUUCUUCCGGAACAGUUGGAAAAACUCAAUCUUCAAAUACUGCUUGCAAAUACUUAUCAUUUAGGAACGAAGCCUGGCGUUGACAUCCUCAAAAAAGCUGGGGGCUUACAUAAAUUCAUGAACUGGAACAGAAACUUACUAACAGAUUCUGGAGGAUUUCAGAUGGUAUCGCUUUUGAAGUUGGCUGAAAUCACAGAGGAAGGAGUGAAAUUUCAGUCCUUGAAUGAACAAAAAGCAGAAGUAAUGCUUACUCCUGAACAUUCCAUUGAAAUUCAAAAUACGAUUGGAGCUGAUAUCAUGAUGCAACUCGAUGAUGUUGUUAAAACAACAAAUCCUGAUAAGGAAAGAAUAAAAUUAUCUGUCGAAAGGACGACUAGGUGGUUGGAUCGUUGUUUGAAAGCCCACAAAAGAGAAGAUCAGAGUUUAUUUCCAAUUGUUCAAGGAACUUUGUAUGAAGACUUACGAGAACAAAGUGCUAAAGAUUUGAUUCAGAGGGAUGUACAUGGAUAUGCUAUAGGAGGUUUGAGCGGUGGCGAAAGCAAAGAUGACUUCUGGAGGAUGGUUUUAUUAUCCACCAAUUUGUUGCCAAAGAAUAAGCCAAGGUAUUUAAUGGGUGUAGGAUUUGCAACGGAUUUAGUUGUUUGUUGUGCUCUUGGGGUCGAUAUGUUCGAUUGCGUGUUUCCAACCAGAACUGCCAGAUUUGGUUGUGCCCUAGUUAUGAAUGGACAGAUAAAUUUGAGAAUAAGUAAAUAUAAAAAUGAUUAUAAUCCUAUUGAUCCAGAUUGUGAAUGCGAUACUUGUAAAAGGUAUACUAGGGCUUAUCUGCAUUGUAUUGUUACUAAUAUACCUGUUGCUUGCCACUUAGUGACCAUUCACAAUGUGCACUUUCAGUUGAGGUUAAUGAAAGGAAUUCGAGAUAGCAUAACCAGUGGAACUUUUCCCGAGUUUGUUGCUGAUUUCAUGUUAAAAAAUUACCCAGAUAAAAAUUAUCCUACAUGGAUAAAGGAAUCUUUGGGGGCUGUGAAUAUCAGUUUACACUAAAUUUUAUUUGAAAUUUGUGAUUUUAGUCAGUAUUUUACAAUUUAAUUUAUUUACUCUAAGUAAUUUUACUUAACACUCGUGAGUUUUUGUCGGGUUCCUUACAGUUCUUUUGAACUCUAAAAUCUUAGUUUCUUUCUCACUUAUAUUAUAACCAAAGUUUUUUCAUUUGUUAUAUGAUGACCAUUUGUUUUAAUAUAAUUAUUAAUUGUGUAUGAUACAGGGUUAUCUUCAAUAAUAAUGUUGGUAAUAUUAUUUUAAUUUUAACAUUCCUAUCUGUGAAUUAAUCUUUACUUGAAAUUUAGUUGACUUUGUUAACAAGCACCCUCACCGAAGGAGCUUGUUAACUUAUUUGUAUUUAUUAAGUUUGAUAAAUAUAACACAUAUUUUA